GGGUUUUGAUCGGCACUGACAUUUCCACAACCUCAUCUUUAUAUCUGAAGGGUUUUUAUUGUAUUAUUAAUUUGUAUUUUUUUACUGACAUCUACAAAUCGGAAGGGAAAUUUCUUACCACAGUUCCAGUAGUUCUCAAGGGGAUGAUUAGCACAAUUAUUCACCACAAACAGAAGAGUUUGAGGAAGACUCCUGUAUAUAUUUACGGGGAAAAAAAACUUAACCUUUGCCUCAACUGUUUUCACACACUGGGCCUUCGACGUGAACAGUAUUGUAUUUAAAUAACCUGGUCUAUGACUGGUUCCGAGCAUUCUGGAAACACAUAUGGACUGCAUUUAUAUAAUGACAUAAUGACAAUUAUUUAUUGUGAUGGCAUAACAUUCAUACUUCAAUAAAGGAAUAAGUGAUCGAAAAGUUUGUGCAUCACCCAUCCGACCCCCCCCCUCCCCUUACAUUUUAAAAAAUGUAAUUGUGCAUUUGUGCUUUCUUGGCUUGUAAUUCGUGUAAAUUGCAUUUACAUCUGAAAGCUCUUCCCCAUUGACCAAUCUCUUCCAUCACCUUUAAAAAUUAUCAGAGGUGGUAAAUCCAGGUUAGGUCAGUGAAAUUCCUGCUCAUGUAUUUGUUGUUCCAGUCACCUAGAUUUGCCGCACUUCUUCUCCCGGAGGUCGAUUAGUAAAAUCAGAUUGCUGAGUUCAUGGGUGGAAGGAACGAAUGAGAGUAGUUCUUUCUGACCCCUGGACUUUCCACCACUGAAAAUGAUCUUCCCAUAAUCAUUUUGCAUUUUACAAUAAUUACAUUCUGACGCGUGCAUACAUCACUAUACGCAUUUUCUAUACACUUACACCAUUUGUACCGCAUUUUAACUUUGUAAAUAUGCAAGUUACGCGUAAAAACACAUAAUCCGUAUAAUAGACACAACUGCGCAUGCGCCUUUGCCCAAAGGCAUUCAGAAAAUCUGAAAAGCCAGGCCAACGGGUUGGCCUCGGUUUUGGACCCCAGUCACGAAAUUCGGCAGCAGAAGUUACAAACAAUGCUGAAGACGUGGAAGACAAGACGCCACGGAGAACAGACUUCCCUACUGUCCGAUAAGUAAAAUAAAAUAUCCCUCUCUCCCUGUCUCCUCCCUGCACCUGCUGGUUCCUCCACUCCAACUCCUCUCUGCAGCCAUGUGGCAAGUGCUGCAGCAGCAAGAUGCGUUGCAUUAUGGGAAACUGGAGGAGUUUGUGUCCCUGGUGAUGGAGACAUUCCCAGAGCUGCUGAGUGAGAGCCAGAGGACAGAGCUCACUCUGGGGCUGCAGCAGUUUGGCUGUAAAACUGACCCAGCCCUGGAGGUUCUGUUGUGGGAGUUCCUUUCCAGACUGGAUCAGCUGCUGCCGGUACCAGAUCUCAAACAGACAGUGUCCUGGCUCAGUGCUGCCCCCUCUGUCCUGGAGGUCUGUGUGCAGUCUGUUUCUUACACAGACAAACUGAAGACCCUUCUCAGCCACCACAGAAGUCUUGGACAGUUGGACCUGAAUGUAACACUUCCCUCAGUUGAGGACUGCAAAUUGACCUCUAUUCCCUACUCUCCCUCUCGAAGAGUGGUGGAUUUCACCCAACCGACAAACACCAAUAUCCAAUCGGAAUCCACAACUGAGUUCAUGAACUUUAUAAGCCCCACCUAUUUAAGUGAAGACAUAAAAGCAGAAUCUGUGAUAGACAGCUCAAAUUUUGACGGGGUGGAGCCAAGGACGAGUGUGAACAGAUGUGAAGACAUGGAGGAGAGCACAGAGAGGAAGACUGGAAAUUUGAUGAGCAGAGAGCAAAGAGACGUACUGACGAACAUGAAGGAGGAGGAAGAUGAUUUGGAGAGGCAGAGUGUGAACAUGGUGAGGGAAGAUGGUGUGGGAGAUGAAGAGGACCAUUGGAAAGAGGAAGAAAAAGAGAGGGACGAACAGACACAAGGACACAUAACUGACAAAUUGGUGCAGAACAGAGUCAACUCAGAACAUGGACUGCAGGAAGGGGAGGAGUUGUUUACUCUGGCCACUUCCUGUUUGCUAAAGCAGCCUAGAGUGCUGAUUCACAGGCUAGAAAUUGCCAGUAGUUCAGUCCCUGUGUCAUCACUUCCUCAUCUCGGGGCUGAUAAAAGAGAUCACGGAGUGAGAUCUCCAUGGAUACAGCAUGAGGUCUCACCACUGAGAGGAAACGGAUCUCUGAGACAGAAGAAGGGUCAGGUCGUGACCCGGAAGAGGAAGACAGUUGGCCAGUUGGAGAGACCCCUGGAAGUGCUGCCAUCUUCAUCAAUGGAUGGGAUCUGUGCUGAAGCCUCCUUUAUUUCUCCUGUCAUCUCCUCCCAGAACAAAAACAUAUAUUCUGAUCGCACAGGACAAGCUGCUGAGGUGUCGUCUCAGGUCUUUGCCUGCUCCCAGUGCCCGUUCGUUCACACAGAGGAAGUGAAUCUUCAGCAGCACAUAGAGAAGGUUCAUCCAGAGGAGCUCAGUAGCACUCUGGGGUCCCAACAACCUCCCAGCAGCACACAUCAGCACCGCACCCCAACUAAGACACACCCUACCCUGACACAGUCCCACACAGGCACUCCAGGGGCCCACACAUGCUCCCAGUGUGGGAAGAGUUUUAGUUGUAUGAGUAAUUUGAAUAAACACCAGCGAACUCAUACAGGGGAACGUCCGCACCGCUGCCCCCAGUGUGGAAAGAGUUUCAAGGAGUCAUGUAGUCUAAAGGUACACCAGCGAUCUCAUACAGGGGAACGUCCUUACCACUGCUCCCAGUGUGGGAAGAGUUUCACUCGUUUGAUUUAUUUGAAGAUACAUGAGCGAACCCAUACAGGCGAACGCCCAUACCACUGCUCCCAGUGUGAGAAGAGCUUUUCUCGGUCAGAUCAACUAAAGCUUCACCAAAAAACUCAUACGGGCGAGCGGCCAUAUCACUGCUCCCAGUGUGGGAAGAGUUUCACUCGUUUGAUUUAUUUGAAGGUCCACCAGCGAACCCAUACAGGGGAACGUCCAUACCACUGCUCCCAGUGUGAGAAGAGCUUUUCUCGGUCAGAUCAACUAAAGUUACACCAAACAAGUCAUACUGGCGAGCGGCCUUAUCUCUGCUCCCAGUGUGGUAAGAGUUUCCCUCAGCUGAGUAGUCUGAAGCUACACCAGCGAACUCAUACAGGGGAACGCCCGUACCACUGCCCCCAGUGUGGAAAGAGUUUCCCUCAGUUGAAUAGUUUGAAGUUACACCAGAGAAUUCACACGGGGGAACGACCAUACCACUGCUCCCAGUGUGGAAAGAGUUUCCCGCAGUCAAGUCGUUUGAAGCUGCACCAGCGAACACAUACAGGCGAGCGCCCGUACCACUGCUCCCUGUGCGAGAAGCGUUUCAAUAAAUUGAGCAAUUUGAAGAAACACCUGCGGAUUCACACUGGGGAACGUCCUUACCACUGCUCCCAGUGUGAGAAGAGUUUCAGCCAAUCAAAUUCUUUGAAGCUGCACGAGGAAAGCCAUACAGGAGAGCAUCCGUACCAGUGCUCCACUUGUGGGAAGAGUUUUCGCCAUUCGCUUAGUCUGAAGGUACACAAGCAAACUCAUGAAGGGGUAAGACCUUACCACUGCUCCCAGUGUGGGAAGAGUUUUACUCAGUCACACAGUCUGAAGGAGCACCAGCGAACUCAUACAGGUGAGCGCCCGUACCGCUGCUCCCAGUGUGAGAAGUGCUUCAGCAGUUUACAAUCUGUAAAAAAACACCAGCAGAUUCACACGGGAGAGCGUCCGUACUCCUGUUCCCAGUGCGAGAAGAGCUUUGUUCAGGCGUCUCAGCUGAAACGACACCUGCAAACACAUACAGGUGAACGGCCGUACCCUUGUUUGCAGUGUGGGAAAAGUUUCAGCAGGUCAGAUAAUCUGAAGCUACACCUGCAAACUCAUACAGGGUGAACACCUGUUACACUGCUCCCAGUGUUUUACUCAUUCGUGUUAUGUGACCGUACACCUGGGACACCACACAGGAUUGGGCCUAUUCCUAUUUGGUUUUUGAAUUUUUGGCACAUUCUUGGAUUACUUUGGGACAAACACGCUGUGGUUUGGUUAUUUUUAUACUUCCAUUUCUUUGUGUGACUGUGAACUUGCCCACGUCUGUAACAUUUGUUAUUCUUUUAAGGAUGAACCUCGUCUUUAGAUUAGAUGUAAAUAUUUGUUAAAAUUUAAUAAGAAAUCUUAAUUUUUAUCUGGUUGUGAGUUGUACAUUUUGAUAAAGGUUGAUCGUCAGUUUGCUCUGCCUAUCAAUCAAUUCUGCGAUUUAAUUUAUAAUUGAUAGCUUUGAUAAUAAUUGGCAAAUUAAAUCAAAUCAAUAUAUUUUGCAGGAAAAAAUGUAAUGUGUUUAUGUUUUAUAUUAUUGUGCUUUGCUUUACUCAAUGACAGAAACAGUUCCACUCUUUACUGUAUCCUCUAUAUUUAAAUUAUGUAUAAUAUAUACUCUGUGGUUUUCUGUGAGAUGUUUACCUAUUUUAUGUUGUAAUUGAGACCUACGCAACCAAUUCAUUUUCUUCCUUCCGAUUCCAGCCCCCCAGUCUCCCAGCACCAACGCGUGUUUUGUAUUCUGUAUAAGUGUCUACCUGUUUCAUCAUCACCCCAGUAUUUUCACCAGUCUUCGUGCGUAUGAGAUUUUAUAUAAAUCUUAGCCUCAGCUCUUCGUAGAGGAGCUUGUAUAAUCUAUGUCUUGGAGCUUUAGUGCCAGUUUGGCCAGUAUAUCUACCUCUUCAUUUCCCUCUACAGUACACCAAAAUGGACUGGCACCCACAGGAAACAAGUGUAUGUACCAUUUGUUUGUAAUCUAUACAGUAUGUCACGCUGUUACACUUGGCAAAGUAUAAAAUUACUUGUGAUGAAACAUUCAAAAUAAAAGCUCGGGCGCAUUCGUCAAAAUACUGAGUUUCUUCUAGCUUUACAUCUAGCAUUUACAUAAAGGCAAUGGGUUUCACCAUUUGUUUGAAAAAUCCGUUGACACAAUUUUGGCGCAAGGAACAUGUUCUGUAAAUGGGGUGUUUCAGGCAAAUGUCAUUUUUGGCACCAAGUUAAGAAAAAGAUGCCUAAAUCCAUCGACAGAUGCAUUUGCGAACACGGUCCGUUGAGUUUGAUCCAACGAUAAAGAAAAAUAUAUUCUGGCUUUUAUAUUGAUUUUAUUUCCACUUUGGUAUCACGGAAGUCACCCUACUUUUAAUUACACGUUGCUACUUGUGCGCAUGCGUUCGUACAACUGGACUUCACCUUGGUGUGUUUUAAAAAAGCAGCUAGGUUGUUUCUUCUGAACAGUUCCAAUAUUUUGCACGUUGAUGGGAACACUGAGCAUUACAGAAAGGCGAAGCGGAGCAACACUUCCCUCCAUAGAAGAGUUCAAGCUGACCUCCAUGUCCCGCCCUCCCUCUCGAAGAGUGGUGGAUUCUACCAAGCUGACGAACAGCAAGAGCCAAUCGGAAUCCGUAACUGACUGCAUGAACUGUUUAAGCCCCUUCAGAUGAACACACAAAGGCAGAAUCUGUGAUGGACAGCUCAGAUUACACAGGGGUAGAGCCAAAGUCCAGUUUGAACAAAUGUGGAGACGUAGAGGAGGGGACAGAGAGGAAGACUGAAUAUCUGAUGAGUGGAGAGCAACAGGACGUACUAACCAACAUGAAGCGGGAGGAAGAUUGGGAAAGGCAGAGUGUGAAAAUGGAGAGGGAGGAUGACAUGAGAGUUGAAGAGGGACUCUGGAAGGAGGAAGAAAAAGAGAAGGAUGAACAGAUGGAGAGAAAAACAACUGAAGUUGCCCAAACUGACAAAUUGGUGAAGGAUGGAGUAAAAUCGGAGCAUGGACCACAGGAAGGGCAGGAGUGGUCUACUCUGGUCACUUCUUGUCAGGUAAAACAGCCUAGAGUGCUGAUUCGCAGGCUAGAAAUUGCCGAUAGUUCAGUCCCUGUGUCAUCCCCUCUUCGUCCCAUAGCCUGUAAAAGAGAUCAGGAAGCGGGAUUUCCAUGUAGACGGCAUGAGCUCUCACCACUGAGAGGAAACGGGUCACUGAGAGAGAAGAAGGGUCAGGUCAUGACCCGGAAGAGGAAGACAGUUGGCCGGUUGGAGAAACCCCUGAAAGUGCUGCUGUCUUCAUCAGAGAACGAGUAAGAAUGAACGAGGAGCUGGACUGUGUGUCACCAGUGUGUUCAUUAUCACGACAAGUCUUACAUUAAAAAAUGAGCCUUUGUUUGUCUUUUA